CCUAAGGGGACAUUCGUGGGGCGCCCUACCAACACGGCAACAAAAACACCUCAAUCCCCGUGAACCGGAUCCUCCUCCCCGGUUUACACCUCUCUCGGGGACAUCCCUGGGGACGCGUAGCCUUCCCCGGAAAAACCCUGGCCUUCUACCUUCCGACGACCACCAUUUCCGGCACUUGCCGCCGACCAGAUCCCUCUCCUCCCCGGUUCGACGACAUGUCCGGUGGCCCCGUAUCCAAUUCUGGUGUCCCUGAGCACCCUGCCUCCUCUCCGUCCGCCGCCGCCCCAUCUUCGGCCGGUCAAACUCUCCGUCCCCGACAGCCAACUUCGAUGGCGGAAGAAGAACCACCUCUAGAUCCCCAUUCGUCCCCAAAUCCGGCUACGACGCCACAAUCGACAACGCACAAGGAUGCUCCAGGAAGCACAGAGGAUGGUUUGGUUCCCAAGAUAGGAAUGAUCUUUGAGUCAGUUGAUGAUGCUUUCCAAUUCUAUAAAGCCUAUGGUUAUCGGACAGGAUUUGGGGUUACGAAAAGAUCAAGUCAUAACUUUGAUGGGAUUCGGUAUCGUUCAACAUUUACAUGUUGCAAAGGAGGGAAGGCAAAAGUAAAGCCAGGUAAUAAGUCUCGAAGGAAACCUGUGGUGAGGACUGAAUGCAAAGCCAUGAUGGUUAUAAAAGAUCAACAUUUUCAGAACCGUUGGGUGGUGGAUGAUCUCAUAUUGGAGCACAAUCACCCACUUGACCCAGAUAUGGUUAGAUUCAUGAAAUGCUUCAGGGAAUUUCCUUCUUCAGUAAAAAGAAAGCUGCAGAUUAAUGAUGAUUCUGGCAUGCCUCUGGACAACUCAACUACUGCAGUCUCUUCUCAGGGGUUCAGAAAUGAAAAUGGCUCGUUCACAAAAAGGUUUUGCAGAAAUCACUUGGAUAAGACAAAGAAACUAAAGCUUGGGGAAGGAGAUGCACAGGCUCUUAUGGAGUUUUUUGAGAACCUACAAGCACAAAAUUCGAACUUCUUUCAUAGUUGGGAUUGGAAUGAUGAAGGCUGCCUAAGAAAUGUUUUUUGGGCUGAUAUCAGAUCAAGAGCUGCUUACCAGUACUUCAGCGAUGUCAUUACAUUUGACACAAUGUACUUGACUGAUGAGUAUGAAAUUCCAUUUGCUUCUUUUGUUGGAGUCAACCACCAUGGCCAGUCUGUCUUGCUAGGAUGUGGUCUUCUUGCAGAUGAGACUAUGGAGACCUAUAUUUGGCUUUUCACCAAGUGGCUAACAUGCAUGAAUGACAAGCCACCUAAUGCUAUAAUUACCGACCACUGUAAAGCCAUAGCUGGAGCAGUUGCAGAGGUAUUCCCACAUGCUCGACAUCGUUUCUGCCAUUGGCAUAUUAUGAAAAAGCUUCCUGAAAAAUUGGGGAGAAUGAAAGAAGCAAUUAGCUCUAAAAUGAGCAAGGCUGUUUAUGAUUCUCUAACUGUGAACGAUUUUGAAGGUGAAUGGAAGGAAAUGAUCGAGCAGUACCAUCUUCAAGAUAAUGAGUGGUUGUCUUCCUUGUAUGAAGAUAGGAAGAAAUGGGUGCCUGCAUACAUAAAGGACACAUUUUGGGCAGAUAUGUCCACCUCUCAGCGGGGCAAAAGUAUGAAAUCUUUCUUUGAUGGGCACGUGACAUCCAAAACCUCUCUCAAAAUGUUUCUCAAACAAUAUGAUAAUGCUCUGAAAGGCAAGUUUGAAAAAGAGGCUCAGGAAGAUUUCCGCUCAUUCCACACAAGCCCACAGCUACUAUCAGGAUUGGAGUUUGAGAAGCAGAUAGCAAAGGUCUAUACUAUGAACAUCUUUUUGAAGUUUCAGGAUGAGGUGAAGCAAUUGAUGCAAUGCAAUACUAACUUAGUUGACAGGAAUGGACCCAUUGCCACGUAUUUGGUGACUGAAUUAGCAGCUGGAAGAAAGGUUGAUUAUAAAGUGGUUUAUAACACUGAUGAGCAAGAUGUUUGGUGCAUUUGUAGGUCUUUUCAGUUUAGAGGUAUUCUAUGCAGACAUGCACUGUGUGUGUUGCGACAAGAACUUGUGAUGGUGCUGCCAUCAAAGUAUGUACUAGCACGUUGGAGGAAGGAUUUCAAACGGUUGCAUAUAUCUGCCUCGUCACCACAUAUUGCAUCAAUGCGUGAAAUGAGGAUUUAUGAUGACCUGUACAUGCGUGCUCACCAGUAUUUUGUGGAUAUUGUGGAGAUUGGGGCGACCGACCAUGAUUUGAAAGAAUUUGCUCUGACAGUGUUGAAAGAGUCAAGGGACAAAGUAAUAAAAUAUGCAGAGUCACGUGGUGAUAGAAGAAUUGAUGAUAAUACACCUACAGAGAGGCCUGCUAGCCGGAAGGAAAAGGUUGUUCACCAUUCGAAGAAGAAGAAGAAUAAGGGACCAAACAAAGAAAAAAACACCAAUCUGGGGCAGAUCCAAAACACAAGGAACAGCAUCGAUACAAGUACCAGUGUGCAUGUGCAAGCAAACCAUCCUAACGAGGCAUGGCCAAUGACCCCAAUUGGAGGACCAGAAAGCUUUGGUCACAGGGUGGAAUCCAUUCCAAUGGAUUGGUUGCUACACAAUCCUGCUCCUUACACUCAAUGGCGUGGAAAUUGCAGCUUUUAUCCUUCUCGAAGAAUGUAAUGGCAUGGUGGUGGUUUUAAAAUCAUCUAAACUGAUUUAAGUGAUUGGGUGCUCUUUCUAAUGAUGAAAUGGCAUGAGUUGCUGAGCUUACUCUUCAUGUUGGGCAGAGUAUGUCUAAUAAUUUACUGUUCUGAUCUUUGUACUUUCUCUGAACAUUUGGCAUUUGGCCAUUGAACUAGUCUGGUUUGUAUGUAAAAUCACUGUCUUUUGGUUUGUAUGAAAUAUUUGUGCCAUGAUUAAUGUUGUGUAUAUUUUGAUUGACUGUAAGGAUAAUCUGGUCAUGUGAAUGGUUG